AUGGAAGCCUUCGUUUUGACAAUGUUGACUCGUGUUGACAUGUCGUCGGCAGUGUCCAAGCUGUCCGGCGCUGAUUGCUGCUCACCACCCAGCCACCGUAUAAAUACCACACCCCACGACAACCCACCACCACCCACCACAAUCACCACCGCGAAGGACACUUUUCUCCUACGAUACACCGAACAUCUCUCUGACAACCAUCGUCCCCAAGGACGUCAACAACCUUAUUACAACUCAAAGCCGCAAUUUACACAAGUAAUCGACAUGGGCAAACGUAAGAGGUCGACUCGCAAACCUAACGUCUUCAAAAAGAAGGAGCCUCUCUCAACCACGUUUAUGUGCCUUUUCUGCAAUAACCAAGACACGGUUGCCUGCGUGCUCGAUAAAAAAGCCGGCAUUGGCAGCUUGUCAUGCAGAGCCUGUGGACAGAGAUUCAAGAUGAACAUUAAUUAUUUGUCGGCCCCGAUAGACGUAUACAGCGAAUGGGUUGACGCCUGCGAUGAAAUUGAAAACCCCAAAGUAAAGGCUCCCCGCCGUGUCUGUGGCAACAGUCGUGAUGUAGGAAGAGGUGCUCGAGAAGGAGUGGGCGGAGCCGCUAGAAACAAGAAUCCGCGAAAUCACGGUGAGCGCGAUGAACAAGCGGAUGAGGACAGCGAUGACAAUCAUGAGGGGUAUGGUGGGAAGGUUUAGGUUAUGGUUGACGAUUAUGAGGAGGAGUUUUAAAAGGUGCUACAGCACUAUGGCCACAGAAUUACCUUUGGGAUGAUGAAUGAAUGAGUUGGAUUUUAUCAAGUACAUGGCGAAGUUGAUGUUACCCUAGUCUUUAUUUUUGGUCUUUCCGCUUUUUUAUAUCGUUGUUGUAAACGCACAGUGGUGCGCUCUAGAUUCCUGUUAUAGAAAGGAUUUGGUUUCUAUUGAAUUCUAUCUUCGUUUA